GCCGCGCUGACGGGUCGUUAGCGGAUACGGCGGCCGCAGGGGCGGAGUCAGGGGCCUUUGCCCGCCUUGGCGGUCGGCUCUACCUUCCAAGUUCUCGCCUCCUGCUCCGCCAUGGCUCCCAAAGGCAGCUCCAAACAGCAGUCCGAGGAGGACCUGCUCCUGCAGGAUUUCAGCCGCAAUCUCUCGGCCAAGUCCUCCGCGCUCUUCUUCGGGAACGCGUUCAUCGUGUCCGCCAUCCCCAUCUGGUUAUACUGGAGAAUAUGGCAUAUGGAUCUUAUUCAGUCUGCUGUUUUGUAUAGUGUGAUGACCCUAGUAAGCACAUAUUUGGUAGCCUUUGCAUACAAGAAUGUGAAAUUUGUUCUCAAGCACAAAGUAGCACAGAAGAGGGAGGAUGCUGUUUCCAAAGAAGUGACUCGAAAACUUUCUGAAGCUGAUAAUAGAAAGAUGUCUCGGAAGGAGAAAGAUGAAAGAAUCUUGUGGAAGAAGAAUGAAGUUGCUGAUUAUGAAGCUACAACAUUCUCCAUCUUCUAUAACAACACUCUGUUCCUGGUCGUGGUCAUUGUUGCUUCCUUCUUCAUAUUGAAGAACUUCAACCCUACAGUGUAUCCUUUUCAAGGAACUACAUCUUGUCCAUAAGUGCUUCAUCAGGACUCAUUGCCCUCCUGUCUACUGGCUCCAAAUAGACCAUGUCAGCUUCACCCCCUGGCUUUGUGGGUAUGGGUGGCCUGUGGUAUAUGGAAAAGUCGCAGGGUGGUCAGGGUGGGAGACACACAAGAUGUUUUCAUAGUCUAGAGCCUUUAAAAAACCCAGCAGAAUGUAACUCAGAAUUUGUUUAUUGGCUGUUUUUGACAGAUUGCUGAAAUUAAAUGAAUUGAAAGGGAAACUCAGAGUACCAGGACGUUUAUUAAAAGGAAAAAAAUGUCUUGCAAUGUGCUAUAAUCACAAGAGGAGAAAAUAACUUGUUUCCUUGAUCUGUCAGAGGUCACAGUAACCUGGGCCGAGCUGUUAUUAUUUAUUAUAUAACAGUAGUAGGAAGUUAAUAACUGGUUCUCUGUGUUCCAAGCACAAUAUUGCAGCUUCUUUUGAACCAUAAAUAUCCGAAUGAAUCCUCUUCCCAGGGGAUUGAACAGAAGCUUAAUGUUUAAAAGUGUUUGAAUUUGUGAUCUGAAAUAACGCAAAAUUAAAAACAUGAUUUCUCCAGUUUUCCAACUUGAGGAAGAGAAACUUGUGGAAAAGUUCUGCUGUUUUUUUUUUUUUUUUUUUUUUUAAAGAAGAAGGGCAGCCAAGGUAGUAACCUAAAAAUAGUGCCCAGGCAUAUGAGAGUUGUCCUAUGAGGUUAAAGAACACACUGUUCCGCUGUAUGGCUUUGGCCCUGAGUGGCCAUGGAGGUCAGCUUGACCCUGCCAUGUUGGUUUGACUUACUAAGACAUAGGAAUCAUUGUUUUCCUUGACCAGGGUCUCACACCCUGGAGGAAUGUUAAGUAAGAGAGAGAACCUCUUUCCUGAAUAUUGACAUGUAAAAGACCAAAGUAAUUUUUCUGAACUUCUGCAAUUCUGAGAACUUUCCAAGGAAUUUACAGUAAUUUUAGUGCUUGUCAGCAUUUUUCCAUGAGGACUUUCAUACAUUUGACUCUUUAGUUCACAGAUUCCCAUUGAUUGUGAGUAAAAUAUUUCUCUCUUUAGCCCUUGGGGAUCCAGCUGAGAGGAAUCUCUUGCAUUUUUUUACCAGUGUAUGUACAGAUAUUACUUGUGUGUGCCAUGACUUGAAAAAGUUUGGGAAGCUCUUUAGCAAUAUCAGCUAAAAGGCUAUGAAAUCACAGGUGACAGCAGUUGUCAUUCAGUAAUUUCCUACAAGCAGCACCCCAAAGGAAAUACAGUCCUAAUCUUUAGUAUCCACUUCUAAAUUUAAUGUGAAUUUCAUAUCUGUUAUUAGUUGUUUUCUUUAUAAUUUUAUAAAAAUUAUCCAUCAGGAGUUUAACUUCCACUUCCCAUGCUAUUGGAUGUGUUGGGCUCCAUCCAACAACUUGGAAGAAAAAUGGGCAGGAAUACAUUUGCAUAAUGACCCAGAUCAUUUUCUGCAACUGAGAAUUAUAUUUCAUCAUUGCUUC